AUGGAUGCAGGCACUCACACGCUCCAAAUCGAAGCCAGAGAUCAUGGGAUACGUCCACAGACCUCACAGACCGAUGUCGUCCUUAUUGUUGACGCUUCAGCACCUGUGGGUCUACACAACGACUUUUUGUUGGGUCUUGGACCAAACGACGGACUAAUCGAUGGUGUUGGUGGCGCUAGAAAUAGCCUAGGAACGAGUCUCCUCGGCACAGAAACAAUGGUGGUGGUCUAUGUAAUCGCUGGUGUGGUCUUUGUUACCUUCUCCCUGCUUGUUGCUAUCAUUGUAUUCUGUCGACGUCUGAGGGCACGUCAGGACAGGCUUCAGAGGCAUUGGCAGCGACGACAGCAGCAGGGACAGUGGCAGAGUAGUGAGUCAAAGGUGAAUGGGUUUGUGGAGGUGAAUGCCAACACGAGGGAGUGCUUCCAGAAGACCCUGAAUGGCUACAAACCGACAGCCUAUGAUAGUGGCAACUGCGAUGGCAGUGAGACAGACAACUUCAAGACAGGAGGAAAUAGACGAAAGGAGUCUCACCAGAUCCCAUCGCAUCUUACCGAUUCCUCCUGUUACACCAUUCGUAUGACUUCCCUCCCCAGACACCGCCCAGUUACCAGCAGCCCUACAGCCGUAGCAGCGACGACGACGUCUGCAGCACUGGGAGCAGCACCCACCGCUUUUGCCUACCUCCUCUCCUCCACCACCCCUGCCACUGUAAAUACUGCUGUUACUGCUGCUUCCGGUGAGAGCGGUGGAGAUUUCUACCUUCUACCGCAGUCUCCAGUCUCCUCUGCAGAUGCUUCCGUGGUUGGACAUCCUGUGACGGCGGUAAGGGCUCAAUAG